AUGGAUAAGGCGUCGGGCUUCGGAUUUGGAUAUUGCAUAAAUUUAGCAACCCCCGGCCACAUGCCCUCAGAUAUCGGGCUGAAUGUGGCUAAUUUUAGUUGCAAGAUUGAGAAAGCACCAAUCACUGUGUUAUUCUACUCUUCAACGUACUGCAGCCCCUUCACUGAAAAGAGCAAACACUGGUCUCACGGAAAAUCGGAAUAUGCAUAUGUUGAUGCUUACCCCUCUUGGAACACGGUAGUUGUGAAGAGCAAUAUCCUUGGGAAGAAUUCGAGUCAGAACAGGUAUAGGAGGAUUCAUCCUGCCAAUAUGAAAAUUUUAUUAACAAUAUUUAUCACCAAUAAUCAACCAAUAAUAUUCUAAUUUUGCUCGUACAACAUGUCUUCAUUAUAUAUAUUAUUGAGUCAAACAGGUUUACAAUGACACCAUUGAAUUUAGUGAGAGUUCUAA